AUGCCACCCCAUCCAACCCCCCAAAACUACCAAAUCUUCGAUCCCUGGAACUCCGCCUCGACCGGCCACCAACGCGCCGAAAACCCUUACUCGGCCACCACCGCCUGGCGCACCACCCGUGCGGAGAAAUUGAGCCGCCAGUUUCUGUCGGGCGAUUGUCUGGAAGAUAAUGCGGAAGAGGGAGGGAGGAAAACAGGUGGCCCCGGGGAGUGGAAAUGGGUCGAUGAAGAGGAGAUUAAACGCUCUCAGUUGGGUUGUGAUAUAAGAUCUUUCAUGGGCGGGGGGAAGAAGAGGGGGGUUGAGCGGGAUACUGUGGAUGGGAAGGAGAAGAAUAAGAAGGAGAAACCCCUCUCCGGAACAACCAUCUAUAUCAACGGUUCUACCAUGCCUCUCAUCUCAGACCAUCGACUUAAACAUCUCCUCGUCGCGAACGGUGCUACGAUCGCCAUUUCCCUUGCCCGACGCUCCGUCACGCAUGUUAUCGUUGGAAAACCGAAUACUGGGGCUGGCAAAGGAGUUGGGGCUGGAGGUGGGCUUGCUGCGACCAAAUUGCAGAGCGAGAUUGAUCGCUGUGCGAGGGGAGUCAAGGUUGUUGGUGCUGAGUGGGCUUUGGAAAGUAUCAAAGCGUCGAAACGGUUGUCGGAAACUGGGUUUGCUUUGAAUCUCGCGCCAAAAGGUCAGCUCAGUAUCGCUGGCAUGUUUAAAAAGAAAUGA